AUGAUGGCCCGGAGACUAGGUUCCAUAACAGGCGCCCUGACUACUCUCUCCAUUCUAACAUCAUCCGCCUCCACACUCCCCUUCGGAGUACAAAUCUACUCAUGUACAACGCCUGAAGUCAUCGCACCUGCUUUCGACGACGGACCAGGAGUUUACUCCGCAGAUAUCCUCGACCGAUGGAGCCACGCGAACCUCUCCUCCCUCACCCCCACCGCCAUACGCAACGAAAUGACUCUCCUCGAAGACUCCAUGCUGGAUAUCCUAGGUUUCUUCCCGUACUACAUGCGCCCGCCCUUGCUCUCAGUCAACAGCCAGGCGCUCGAUGUGCUGAAAGAGCUCGAAUACCACGUCAUUAUCGGGGAUCUGAAUACGAAAGACUGGAAGUAUCAGGCUAAGGAUACGGUGGGGGAGGCGAAGCAGCUUUUUGUGGAGGGGCUGGAGAAGGGGUAUAGUAUUGUUGAGGCGCAUGACCAGGAGGAAUGGACGCAGGGCGAGUUGAUUGAUUAUAUGAUUGGGGUUGUGAGGGAGAGGGGUAUAAAGAGUGAGCCCAUCCUCACCCAUCCUCUUUCCCUACGGACAUAG